AUGCACCCAGGCCGUACUGUAAACCAGUCUGAUAUGGCAAAACUAUUUGGCGUAGCAUACGCCAAAAGUGCUUCGGUUCAGAAUGCAAUUAAUGUAUUUAAAAAACCUGGAAUCUGCCCGUAUGAUCCACAUGUUUUUAGAGAAGAAGAUUAUACUCGCUCCUUGAACUAUGACCGUCUUCUUCCUGACGCACCGUCGUCUACUACACCUUUGUCUGAUUCCAAUAUACUGGAAGAAGGAUCAGCUCAUUCACAAGGAGAAAAUCAUCCAGCGCUUGCAGCGAGCCUUACGCCAUUUCAGAUUAGAUCUAUACAAACUAUGGCUGCUCCUAAAACAGGCCGCAAAUACAAGAGGCAGGAAUCAGAAGUGUUGACGUCUACUCCCGUCAAAGCUGAACAAACAUUAAAGUUUAAAAAGGCAAAUAUUAAGAAGACCAAGAUUUCUGAG